CCACACAGUAAUAAAGGGAACUUUUAUUUCAUCAGAAUACUAAACAAAGAAGAUUUGGGGUUUAUGAAGAUCUCAAUUGGGGUUGAGUCCUAGAUCAACUUCUUGAUUAUGUUAUUAUUGUAGGUUGUUUUGAAACAUAUCUACUGCAUUUGAUUACUGUAUAUAUGGACAUUCUGCUGCAGCAACAAUGAGUUAUGCAUUUCGAGGAGCUAGACCUGAUAUUGAAAAUGGGUUUGCUGGAAGUAUUCCUCAUCAACGUCCUUCAUUGAGAAUACGGGCAGCACGGCCGAAUAUUACCAACUCUUUUGCUUUUCUAUUCACUGUUUUCUUGCUGUUCAUGAUACUAAACUCGAAUCAGAUAUCACCAAGAUUUCUGGUUUGGUUAGUUUUUGGUGUUUUUCUGGUGGCUGCAAUCUUUCGAAUGUAUGAAAUAUGCAGACAAAUUCAAGCUCAGUCACAGGUGCAUGCUGGGGGUCCCAGUGAUGCACUGCAAGGUCAAACAGAGUUGCGGUUGCAGAUGCCGUCGUCGUCGUUGGCAAUUGCAGCAAGAGGUGGAUUACAAGGUUUAAGACUCCAGCUUGCACUUCUUGGUCACAAUUUUGAUGAACUAGAAUUUGAAACUCUGGGUGCAGUUGAUUCGCAUAAUGUUUCCCCUGCUCCCUCAAUGAGUGAGGAAGAGAUUAAUGCCCUUCCUGUUCUUAAGUACAGGGUUACGGGUGAAGAAAGUGAGGAUGCGUUACAGCAGCAGAGCUCCUCUUCACCCGCAGCUGAGCAGAGUAAUCAAGUUUCUGGUGAAGCAGAGGCUAGUCCAAAGGAUCCUGGGGAUGGACUAACUUGUAGUGUCUGCUUGGAGCAAGUGAAUCAAGGAGAAAUCAUCCGGACCCUUCCAUGUUUGCAUCAGUUCCAUUCCACCUGCAUUGACCCAUGGCUGCGGCAGCAAGGAAUAUGCCCUGUCUGCAAGUUUAGAGCAAAUGAAUUGCUGGAAUGACGCGGGUACUGGAAUAUAUGAUGGUUCCCCUGUGGUGUGACGGUAUACUCUCAGCCUUAGAGUCUCAGGUUCAUAUACAUCCACCUUGUAAUAAAAAUAAAUGUGUCGGUUAUGUAUAUCUAGGUAUUAGAAAACUCAAGUUAUAAGGAAAAUUAGACCAGACUUAGGGUAGUUCUGUAUUUAAGGACUGCAGCCACCGUGUUUUGAGUUUAUUCCUGUUGUACUUGGUCAUACAUGUAAGUAAUCAAAAAAAAAAGAGCUUGCGUAUGUAAAUUUAACUGUAAUUAGUUGCUGAAAUCUGGUCUAUGAGUUAUCAA